ACGCGGGUCUGCGGGGAGUCGGGGGCGGGGAGCAGGCGGCGGCGGGCCCCGGGAAGAAAAGAACAUGGCUCCUGCGGCGGGCUGCGCCGACCGCGGCGCGGGGCGGAGGCGCGCCGGACGCCAGUGACCGCGAUGGUGAACUCGAGCCGCGUGCAGCCGCAGCAGCCCGGGGACCCGAAGCGGCCGCCCGCAUCCCGAGCGGCAGGCCCCGGCCGGCUGAUGGCGGGCGGCGCGGCCGUGGGCGCCGGCCUCGCGGCUCCGGGCGGCCUCCGCGAACAGAGGGGCCUGGAGAUCGAGAUGGAGCGUAUCCGGCAGGCGGCCGCGCGGGACCCCCCGGCCGGAGCCUCAGCCUCCCCCUCUCCUCCGCUCUCGUCGUGCUCGCGGCAGGCGUGGAGCCGUGACAACCCGGGCUUCGAGGCCGAGGAGGAAGAGGAGGAGGAGGAGGUGGAAGGAGAGGAAGGAGGAAUGGUGGUGGAGAUGGACGUGGAGUGGCGCCCGGGCAGCCGGAGGUCGGCCGCCUCCUCCGCCGUGAGCUCCGUGGGCGCCCGGGGCCGGGGGCUGGGGGGUUACCACGACCCUGGCCACCCGAGCGGGAGGCGCCGUAGGCGAGAGGACCAGGGCCCCCCGAGUCCCAGCCCGGCCGGCGGCGGGGACCCGCUGCAUCGCCACCUCCCCCUGGACGGGCAGCCGCCCCGAGUGGCCUGGGCCGAGAGGCUGGUUCGCGGGCUGCGAGGUCUCUGGGGAACAAGGCUCAUGGAAGAAAGCAGCACUAACCGAGAGAAGUAUCUUAAAAGUGUUUUACGGGAGCUGACCACGUACCUCCUUUUUCUCAUAGUCUUGUGCAUCUUGACCUAUGGGAUGAUGAGCUCCAGUGCGUACUACUAUACCCGGAUAAUGUCACAGCUCUUCCUGGAUACCCCAGUGUCCAAAACAGAGAAAACAAACUUUAAAACACUUUCUUCGAUGGAAGACUUCUGGAAGUUCACAGAAGGUGCCUUACUGGAUGGGCUUUACUGGAAGACUCAGCCCAGCAACAGAACGGAAGCUGACAACCGAAGCUUCAUCUACUACGAGAACCUCCUGCUAGGGGUGCCACGUAUCCGGCAACUCAAAGUCAGAAAUGGGUCCUGUUCGAUCCCCCAGGACUUGAGAGAUGAGAUUAAAGAGUGCUAUGAUGUCUACUCGGUCAGUAGUGAAGACAGGGCUCCUUUCGGUCCAAGAAAUGGAACUGCUUGGAUCUACACAAGUGAAAAAGACUUGAAUGGGAGUAGCCACUGGGGAAUGAUUGCAACCUAUAGCGGAGCUGGCUAUUACCUGGAUUUGUCAAGAACAAGAGAGGAGACAGCGGCUCAGGUUGCCAGCCUCAAGAAAAACGGCUGGCUGGACCGAGGAACCAGGGCCACUUUUAUUGAUUUUUCGGUAUACAACGCCAACAUUAACCUGUUCUGUGUGAUCAGGUUAUUGGUUGAAUUCCCAGCAACAGGCGGUGUGAUUCCAUCUUGGCAAUUUCAGCCUGUAAAGCUGACCCGAUAUGUCACAACUUUUGAUUUCUUCCUGGCAGCCUGUGAGAUUAUCUUUUGUUUUUUUAUCCUUUACUAUGUGGUGGAAGAGAUCUUGGAAAUUCGCAUUCACAAGCUACACUAUUUCAGGAGUUUCUGGAAUUGUCUGGAUGUUGUGAUCGUUGUGCUGUCAAUGGUAGCUAUAGGAAUUAACAUACAUAGAGCAUCAAAUGUGGAGGUGCUGCUACAGUUUCUAGAAGAUCAAAAUACUUUCCCCAACUUUGAGCAUCCGGCAUACUGGCAAAUACAGUUCAACAAUAUAGCUGCUGUCAUCGUGUUUUUUGUCUGGAUUAAGCUCUUCAAAUUCAUCAACUUUAACAGGACAAUGAGUCAGCUCUCCACAACCAUGUCUCGGUGUGCCAAAGACCUCUUUGGCUUUGCAAUUAUGUUCUUCAUUAUUUUCUUAGCAUAUGCUCAGUUGGCCUACCUCGUCUUUGGCACUCAGGUUGAUGACUUCAGUACUUUCCAAGAGUGUAUUUUCACUCAAUUCCGUAUCAUUUUGGGUGAUAUCAACUUCGCAGAGAUUGAGGAAGCUAAUCGAGUUUUGGGACCAAUUUAUUUCACUACAUUUGUGUUCUUUAUGUUCUUCAUUCUUUUGAAUAUGUUUUUGGCUAUCAUCAAUGAUACUUACUCUGAAGUUAAAUCUGAUUUGGCCCAGCAGAAAGCUGAAAUGGAACUCUCAGAUCUUAUCAGAAAGGGCUGCCAUAAAGCCUUGGUCAAACUCAAACUGAAAAAAAAUACUGUGGAUGACAUUUCUGAGAGUCUGAGGCAAGGGGGAGGCAAGUUAAACUUUGAUGAACUUCGACAAGAUCUCAAAGGGAAGGGCCAUACUGAUGCAGAGAUCGAGGCAAUAUUCACAAAGUAUGACCAAGAUGGAGAUCAAGAACUGACCGAACACGAACAUCAGCAGAUGAGAGACGACUUGGAAAGAGAGAGGGAGGACCUGGAUCUGGAUCAUAGCUCUUUACCACGUCCCAUGAGCAGCCGAAGUUUCCCACGAAGCCUGGAUGACUCUGAGGAGGAUGAUGAUGAAGACAGUGGGCAUAGCUCCAGAAGGAGGGGAAGCAUUUCCAGUGGGGUUUCUUAUGAAGAGUUUCAAGUCCUGGUGAGACGAGUGGACCGCAUGGAGCACUCCAUCGGCAGCAUCGUGUCCAAGAUAGACGCCGUGAUCGUGAAGCUGGAGAUCAUGGAGCGGGCCAAACUGAAGAGAAGGGAAGUGUUGGGAAGGCUGCUGGAUGGGGUAGCAGAGGAUGAAAGACUGGGUCGUGACAGUGAGGUCCACAGGGAGCAGAUGGAGCGGCUGGUGCGGGAAGAGCUGGAACGCUGGGAAUCGGAUGAUGCGGCUUCCCAGAUAAGUCAUGGUUUAGGCACACCCCUGGGACCGAAUGGUCCACCUCGCCCCAGAAGCUCCCGCCCUUCUUCCUCCCAGUCUGCAGAAGGAUUAGAAGGUGCAGGUGCAAAUGGGAGUUCCAGUAUCCACGUCUAGGACGUGUGUUAGGAUGUGUUCCUAAUUGGUGAGAAAGGGGCUGUGUUGCGUUGGCAGAACAA